AUGACAUCUCCUUUUCUGUUUUUCGUCGGUAUCGAUUGGGGCUCGACGACCCACCAUGUAUGCCUGCUGGAGGCGAACGGUUCGGUUCGCGGCAGCCGGGCCUUUCCCCACGGCGGCGCGGGCCAGGCGGAGCUCGUCCGCUGGCUCCUGGACGAGACCGGGGCCGCCCCCGGGCAGCUCGCGGUCGCCAUCGAGACGCCCCACGGGCCGGUCGUCGAGGGCUUGCUGGUCGCCGGCUUUGCGGUGUUCGCCAUCGGUCCCGCCCAGAUCCCCGGCUCCCGGCGCCGCUACGUCUCCUCCGGGGCGAAGGACGACCCCCGCGAUGCCUGGAUGCUCGCUCGCGCCCUCCGCGCCGACCCCGACCUCUUCCGACGGGUCGAACUCGAGAAGCCUCUCGUCCUCCAACUGCGCGAACGCACCCGGACCAUCAACGAACUCACCUGCCAGCGCACCCGGCUCUGCCACCAGAUCCGCCAGCAGCUCUGGCGCUACUACCCCCAACUGCUCGCCAUCCCCGACCUCCUCAAUCAACUCACCCACCCCUGGUUCCGAGAGCUCUGGAACAAGGCCAAAACCCCCGCACUCGCCCUCAAGCUGCGCGUCUCCACCCUCGCCAAACUCCUCAAAAAGCACGGCAUCCGGCGACUGAACGCCAAAGGCCUGUGGGAGAUCCUGCACGCCCCCGCGCUCACCGUCGCCCCCGGAGCCGCCUGCCGCGCCCUCCAAAGCCUCUUCGCCCAGGCACACACCACCAACCAACUCCUCGCCCAGGCACGUCAAGACGUCCGUGAACUGCUGAAGGCCUUCUCCCAGGCCCACCCCGACGACGAACGACCCGACGACAUGACCCUCUUCCGCUCCCUCCCCGGUGUCGGGGGCUACGUCCUCAGCACCUUGUUCGCCGAAGCCUUCGACCUCCUCCAACGCCGCGACUACCCCGCCCUCCGCGCCACCCGCCUCGGAGUCGACCACGAACUCCGCAACGCUCUCUACCACUGGGCUCGCGUCGCCGCCGUCCACGAUCCCCUCAGCAAAGCCCGCUACCGCGCCCUCCGCGCCCGCGGCCACUCCCACGGACGCGCCCUCCGCACCGUCGGCGACCGGCUCCUCGCCGUCGCCUGCGCCAUGCUCAAAAACGGCACCCUCUACGACCCGAAGCUCUCCCGAGACAAGCUCGCCGCCUGA